AUGAAGCUUUGUGUUGUGUUUUUAAUUUCUUUAACAACCUUUGUGAACGCAAAAGGACCUCUUGACAAUCCUUUGAUAAAGAAAGUACUAGGGUUAGUUGGUGUAAACAUCAUUUCUCCAAGUGAUAUAGUAAGUGCAUCCAAAAGUUGUACGGGUGUCGGAGGUAUUGCCAAUUUUGCUAUGCAGCCGCCAUUGGCACAACCUGGAUCUGAAGGUUCAAUAAUACCCCUUGAGCUCCAAACAAAAGCAAUUGAAGAAGUGCAGAGACAAAUGGUUUUAGCUCUUGAUUUGUGUUUUUAUGGCCCUUAUGGUAUACCUUUUUAUACUCCACUCAUACAACCCUGUCUUAUUGCUCUCAACUCUUAUAUCCCAUUUCAAACAAUAUAUGAUAACAUCGAAAACAUUCGGAAACAAGCAGAAAAUGCUGAGUAUGGAGCUAUCAGUGGAAUGGGACCAAAAGGUUUUAUCGUCGCUAGAAAUUUAAAUUUGAGACAUCGUGUCGAUUUAGGGACUUGGAAGGAUACAAAUCCAGCAUAA